AUGGCACGAACCAGAGGCACUAAGUCUUCCUCUCCCUCCGCCCAAAAGCCAACGCCGCGUGAGGUGCCUGUGCAAGCUUCAACCUCUGAGCCUCCACGGUCGGAAGUCGUUCCGCCUCCUGUGAAGCCCACGCCAAAGAAGCGCCAGGCCAAGCCGACAUUGCAAACGCCGCCGGCAAGGCGCUACUUUACCAGGUCAGGGGGCCGUCCUCUACAAAAGCGAGCUAGAGUGGAAAGCUCGGAACCCAUCGACUUGACAGGGCAAUCCCCUGUUCCAUCUCCAGAGCCAUCUCCGGUGCCACCUCCGGCACCGUCGGCGAAGCCUCAAGCAAGCCAGCCGCCGCCUCCUGAGCCCCAAAUUCAGUCUGCAACAGCUCCGGAAGCGAUAAUCAGGCGUCCAAUGCUCACUCAGCCACCAAUUGAAGGCAAUUUUGAUUGCCGAGCUAGGCCAUUCCAUUCUGAGCUGUGUUUUGACACAGCCGUCUUCCAGUUGCGGCCAGAACUUGAAGGAUUGUUCCAAUUGCUGCGCAGACAUCACAUGGAGCAGCUUCUGACCCCGCGAGACUUCUUUUAUCCAAGAGUGGCCAUGGAUUUUUAUCAAUCCAUGACCACUCAAUAG